AUGUCCAACAGCAGCUCUAUGGCCCAGUUCCUCCUCCUGGCAUUGGCAGACAGGCGGGAGCUGCAGCUCCUGCACUUCUGGCUCUUCCUGGCCAUCUCCCUGGCUGCCCUCCUGGCCAACGGCCUCAUCCUCAGCGCCGUAGCCUGUGACCACCACCUGCACACCCCCAUGGGCUUCUUCCUGCUCAACCUCUCCCUCACAGACCUGGGCUGCAUCUACACCACUGUCCCCAAAGCCAUGCACAAUUCCCUCCAGAACACCACAACCAUCUCCUACACAGGAUGUGCUGCACAACUCUUUUUCUUUCUGUUCUUCAUGUCAACAGAGUAUUUCCUCCUCACCAUCAUGUGCUACGACCGCUACGUUGCCAUCUGCAAACCCCUGCACUACGGGACCCUCCUGGGCAGCAGAGCUUGUGCCCACAUGGCAGCAGCUGCCUGGGCCACUGGCUUUCUCAAUGCUCUGCUGCACACAGCCAAUACAUUUUCCCUGCCCCUGUGCCAGGGCAAUGCCCUGGGCCAGUUCUUCUGUGAAAUCCCCCCCAUCCUCAAGCUCUCCUGCUCACACUCAGGCUACCUCGGGGAAAUUGGGCUUCUUUUGUUUAGUGUCUGUUUAGAGUUUGGUUGUUUCAUUUUCAUUGUUUUCUCCUAUGUGCAGAUCUUCAGGGCUGUGCUGAGGAUCCCCUCUCAGCAGGGACAGCACAAAGCCUUUUCCACGUGCCUCCCUCACCUGGCUGUGGUCUCCCUGUUUAUCAGCACCUCAUUCUUUGCCUACCUGAAGCCCUCCUCCACUUCUAUCCCAUCCCUGGACUUGGUGGUAUCAGUUCUGUACUCGGUGGUGCCUCCAGCACUGAAUCCCCUCAUCUACAGCCUCAGGAACCAGGAACUCAAGCUUUCCCUGAGGAAAAUUAUACAGUUUAGUUUUUUCUGGGUACGUGCUUACAACAAGGUGAUUGGAUAGCUCAGUCUGUGCACGCGUCUCAUGCCUUCAGUUCAUUGGUUCUGGUGCUCUGUCCACGUGGCCUGACAUCAUAUGUGCCACUCAAAGUCCCUCCUAUCAAUCCACCUUCAGGGACUUUCCAAGAUUUUGCAGGUGUCUCUUUAUCUCCAGUUUUCCCAAAACUUACAACUAUAAACACAGGAUUUUCUCAUACCUACAACUACAAACAUAUAGCUAACAAGUAUAAACACUGCGUAGUUUCACAGUUUGUAAGUAUAAACACAGAGCUUUCACACAGUUUGCAACCUCCAAAGUCAUGUCAAGCAAGGCCUAGUGCUUCUUAAAAUAUGGAUUGUUCAAAAUGUGUCCAUUUUCCUGCCACAACUUUCCUGUGACAGAUUCUUCCCCAGACUUCCUUGAAGUGUGUGGAGCUUCUGCCAUGAAGCAGGGACAGCUCUUCAUGGUCACUGCCCAGGGGUUCAUGGUCAGCUCUUCAGGGUCACUGAAAGAGAGAGAACUACCCCCUGUCCUUGUGGGGUGAGUUACCUCAAUCUCUGCUUCAAGAUUGUUUCUUUUUGAUGGCUUUGAGAUAAUUGCUUUAAUAGAAUGACUUUGAUAGACUGCACUGUCCUAUCUUACACUAUACUGCUAGGAGUUUUUGGCUUUUAUACUGCGCAGGAAAUAAUUCUGAUUGAGGUCCUUCAUCUGUUCUCUUGUCUGAUCAAUUUUCUGAUCAUUUGUAAUAAUAAAUAAUUCAUUUUAUAGAAA